GUGGCCAGCAAAUGAGCAGGAUACGUAUCUGUUAAGAAAUCAUCUGCUAAUUUAUAAAAAAAAUCGUAAAUUAUGGGUUUGGGAUUCUGGGAAGAUCAGGAAAUUCUUGAAAACAAAAAAAAUUAUUUAGAUCUAAUCAAUUUAUACAUUGUUAUCAUUUUGUUAUCAAUAUGGUUUACUAAUGAUAGUUUUUAUUUCAAUACUAUAAAUUGUUUGGUUUAUGGCUUAACGUUUGGUGGUAUUAUUGUCAACGUAAUGGCAUUUGGGCAAACUUCUUUACAUUCUAUAUUCUAAGAUUGGUACUUGGUAUAUUGACAAGAUUUAAUGUGAAAAAUUACGAUCAAUUUUAUCACUUUAUCGGGUUUCGAAUAUAUCGAGUUUUGAAAUAUAUGAAAUAUAUAUCGGGUUUUGAGUAUAUAGAAAUAUAAACGAAAAAUCAUAACUUUAAUCAAG